CGGAAUCAUGUCAUUGCAACUUGAAUGCAUGCACGCUCAUUUGUUGUCUGCUAACUCUACACCCAUUCAACCCCUUUCCCCCCAUUACACAGUCACAGCGGUGUGCAAAGAUACAGAUGGAAAAAAAAGAGUACAUGGCACGCGAACUCAUGCGGCGUCUCUGCUGCCUGUACACCCAUCCCAACACAUCUUGCUCUCGACAUGCCGCAAAAACUCCUGAACGUCCUGCCACUGAACGUCUCGACACAGUGCAAGAUGUCCAGGAGCUCAACCAGCGUAUCGAGGACAAGACAGCGACUCAUCCAGCCACCCCACCCCACCCCAUCGCCCACCCAUGUCUUAACUCCCCCCGUCCUUGUUGAUACCGAUAACCUCGCACAGCAGGUGGUUCCACGGCCGCAGCGCGCGGAACGUGUCCACGGCGGCCUCCGCCAGCGCACUCGAGGAGUAGAAAUCUAUGUCCUUGCCCUCCACCUUGGUGCCCACGUGGAAGGACUUGAGCUGCAACAGCCUGACCGACGGGUGGUUCUUAGCGUAGCCCUUGGGCGCCGUCUUCAACCGGUCACAGCCCGCCAGUGGAUCAUCGCCUGCGCAAUAUGUGUCGACACAAUCAGCAGCCAGCAUUGUUCGUGAAUGGUUCUGCUGCGCGUGUCGUGUGGCUGACUGACCGAAUGUCUGCUUGAACGAUGCGUCGUUUGUGACGGCUCCGAUCUGCUUGUCGCCUCCGUCGUCGAUGAACUUGCGGAUGGUGUCGAGGUGGGUGGUCGACGGGCACCACAUGCCGCCGCCAAACAUGCUCUCGCCACUCGGAUCAACACACACGUAGUACCCUGACACACCACCACACCACAGAGCACCACACCAAGAGCACACACACAUGAGAAUGCCUUCCUGUGCACAGAUGGGUCAUAUGCCGGGUGCUCACCCGGUGAGGGUGUUUUCUUGUCCCCGGCGUACGAUAGGAAGGCCGACAUGGACGUCUUGUACGGCCGCUGGUCGGGGGUGAAACGCAAAUCACCUGCAUCAGGGAGGGACACACACGUGGGUGAUUCUCGCACAUCCAUCGAACCUUCAUUGUGUAUGUUGUAUCGUGCGUACGGUUCAUCUUGAAGAUGCAGUUUUUGGGGUCGAGGUCCUUGAGUGCCGGGUCGAACUCCGCCACCUGGGCGAUGAUGCCCUUGACAAACUCCUGGAAAUCGGCUCUCGCAGCGUCGUAGUGCUUCUUGUUGGACUUGACCCAGUCGCUACUGUUGUUGCUCGCCUGAUGGGGGGAUGCAACCAACGCACACAGCAGGGACACAGCACAAAACACAUCCAUCCAUUGCUCGCCCUCCUCUCUUUGUUUCCCAUGCAUCCUCGCCCACCAAAUCAUGCAGAAACGCUACAGUGGUCUCGUGCAGGCACGGCAGGCCACCGCCAUCGCCAGCGGCAGCAGCGGCGGCAGCGCUAUCGUCGGCUCUGGCUGGGCCGCUGGAGGUGCGGCAGGCCUUGAGCUGACGCACCUCAUCGCCGAAGAACACGCCUCCGUAUGGGGUGCCCUUCCUCUUAGACAUGUCGCUUCUAUU